AGAGUUGACUUGGCCCUGUGCCGCAGUGAGAUUUGAGCCAGCAACGACGCCGGAGUGGUGUGGAUGUAGUUACACCGACUCGAAAUCCAUGCACAAGUAAAGUAAAAAGCGUAGUAUAUUUCGUACAUAGUCCUGAGUGCGUUCUAGAACUGGGAGCAUAAGAAAAGUGCUAGUCUUCUACUAAAUACAUAGGAAAAGGAUAAGACCAACAAGAUAACGGCGUCAUGUUACCCCUUCGAGGAGUCGCCGUUGGACUCCUCAUACUUCUAGCAGGGUUCAAGUCAGGACUCGCCAUAUACUUCACAGACUAUGAUACUCUCACCUUUACACCGAGAUUAUGGCCGGAAAACAGUACAAUUCACGUAUUUACGGCACACCUCGAACCGGACGACUUGGGGAAGAUAACUUACUCAAUCAUUCCUCUGCUAAAUCAACCAAGUUUCUGCCCACCACUUGGCAUUCAUCCCCAACUCGGUCAGCUCCGACAGAUCGGACCUGCCAUCACUGCUAUUAAAUCAGCACCAUCACAAAAUGGAACGAGGAAAGCUCGACGAAAAAAGCAAAUUUCGGAGUGCGGUUACUUCAUUUCGGCCAAGUUGGAGGGGACACCGGGGGCUCGGAAUGAAUCCUCAACAACGAUCAUGGUGACAUACACGCCGUCAAAUGCGACGGCUCUGAAACCACUCCCACGAGAAAAAAUGGACCAGCAGUGCAGGCAACUUGACCCGGAAGUCAUUUGCUUCGAAGGUGCCAAAUCGCUGACUGCGUAUGUGAUGGAGAAUAGCGACCCCCUCCCCAUUCUCAACUUGGGGAGUCUCAACCAGGCCUGCGGAGUGCACAUCUUCAACUAUAGUAUCCACUCGAAGGUUCUCACAAUUCAAGCGAAUAAUGGCAACAACUCGGACGGCGCACCCUUCACCGUUUUCACCAAGAAUCGCUUUGAUCGCGAAAAAAGGGCUGGCUACGAGUUUUCCGUCACCUGCCACCUGAUGUCCAACGGCAGCCGGGACUCACUUGACACCACGAUUCCCGGCGAACUGACCAUCCUGGACCAGAACGAUUCUCCCAUCGUGUCCCAGUCGAACGAAACUUUGAUAACUUUCUUCUUCAAGUUGUCAAAUGACAACUAUCGAGCUGGUCAAUCUGUCACACCACGUUCGCAGCUCGGAGCCCUCAUCGCGUUGGACGAUGACAUCCCGGGUGUCAAUCGAAUCACGUUGAAAUCCAUCAACGACACGAAGGGUUUGAUUGAUUCCAACCUUAAAGUUGUGGCGAUGACGUUUAACCAUAUUAAAAAUGUGAACAUCGUGUCAACCGUGCUGUACCCGAAAUUCGCGCUUUCUAAAAACGUGUCGACCGUCCAUCGCUGGAAGGGGGAAUAUUGUGUCGCUUCAAAUUUGCUUGACACCGCCCAAGUGAUACGGCAUGAGCCUUUGAGAUACGUGAUCUGCUUGAGUUGGGAUGAGAAAAAGGAAGAUUCGCCCCCUGUUCCGUUGGAGGAGAUCGCUACGGAGGAAAUCGGCACGGAGGAAAUCGGUCCAGAGGAGCAAGUCACUUACAAAACGUUCGAUACCAACCUGAAAAUUGCUUCCAAGCCACCCGAGUCCACCUGUGGGAAUGAGUGCAUCAUUUUCUACUCGUCCAUCGGGUUGGGGGUCAUAUUCAUCAUUUUCUUUCUGCUUUUCGCCAUUCGGAGGGGACACAGUUACAAGGAGAGGAAAGCGGCCCAGUCUCCAGUUAUCGGUGCGGACAUUGAAUUAGCGAAUGGAUUCGGGGAUCGCGGAGAAAACAGGAUUCUACUACCCGACAUGGACUACGCCACUUCCGGUCUGAAUAAUAGACCUCGUUCCCUUGGAUUUUAUCCGGCUAACGCCCCAUUCAAUUCGGAUAAUUUCUUCCCGGUGGAGAGCAAAUGGGAAAUUCCGCGAGAAGACCUGCUCCUCGAUCAUGUCCUUGGCGAAGGGGAAUUUGGCCGAGUAUUGAAAGGAAUGAUGCGAACUUCCAACGGAACGGUCCACGUCGCGGUGAAAAUGCUAAAAGUUGACGAGACCGAGGGACGACACAAGUCAGUCAGACAGGAAUUUAUGGCCGAGUUCUCUCUGCUGAAGCAACUGGAUCACUCCAACGUGAUCAAAUUACUGGGGGCCAGUACUUCAAAUAGGUGUCCACCUCUGCUCGUCAUGGAGUAUGCGGAGUUUGGAUCUCUCAAGAGUUUCCUGCGAAAGUGUCGCCGAGUGGAGAACAUCAACCACGUCGAAAGGUCGGAGGGAGGUUACGAGCAGGGUGUGAGAAUUCGCAACCGAAAUUCAGCCGAGGUUUGCGACUACUUCGUCACGCCGCAAGAACUGCUCGGAUUUUCUUGGCAAAUUGCAAAGGGGAUGGCGUACUUGAGUGAUAUGAAGAUGGUGCAUCGUGACCUCGCAGCUAGAAAUGUACUCAUCACCAAGACCAAAAUGUGUAAAAUCUCAGACUUCGGACUUACCAGGGACAUUUACGUAGAUGACGCUUACAAGAAGAAGAGCAAAGAUCGGGUCCCGGUAAAGUGGUUGGCCCCCGAAUGUCUUACCGAUGAGUUGUACACAUCCAAGUCGGACGUGUGGGCGUAUGGGAUUCUCUUAUGGGAACUCACCACGAUGGGCUCCUCUCCCUACCCAGGCAUCCAGACUGAACACUUGUACCCCCUGCUGGACUCGGGAUAUCGGAUGCAACAGCCACCCAACUGUUCAAACGAAGUGUAUAACGUCAUGACUAAAUGUUGGGCUAAGAAUCCUAGCGAACGACCACCAUUCCACGAACUAGUAUUCGUGUUUUCAAGACUGUUGGAGGAUGGAAUCGAGUAUCUCAAGCUGGACAUUUCAUCCGUGUCCAAUCCAGGUUAUGAUAUUUUUAACCAAGAUGAGACCCCCAUGGCGUCUACGACCAUGUCGACGACGACGACUACGGCAAAUUAUGCGACCCCAAAUGCUUAUGCGAUCCCAGUCAUUCCAGCCCAAUAGUGGAAAUAAUGUGUGAUUUUUUUCUAUUAGACUAUUUAAUUUAAGAUAUAUGUCAAUAUUUAAUUGAUGGAUAUAAUGGGUGUACAAGUGAAGACUGCGUUGUUGUAAUUUCAAAUUACAUGAAUGAAAUACUUAUAUUAUGAAUUAUAUACAUACAUAUUUAUCUGAGUAGUUGGUGAGUCAAAUAUUUUUUUGCGAGAUGAAUAAAAAAAGAGGAGCUCGAGAGUA